CACCAGAUGGCGCUGUGGCUGGACCUUUCACAGAUACUGUAGCUGCCACAGAGGAAAGUCAGCAACAGGGGAGACAACUCACUACAACAUCAACACCAGUAGGUGCUGCGGCUAGACCUUACACAGAUAAUGUAGCUGCCACAGAGGAAAGUCAGCAACAGGGGAGACAACUAACUACAACAUCAACACCAGAUGGUGCUGUGGCUAGACCUUUCACAGAUACUGUAGCUGCCACAGAGGAAAGUCAGCAGCAGGGGGCACAGUCCAUUUCCACAACCACCCACAACUACUUUGGUUCUACAGUUUCACAUUAUGACCUGUCCAACUCCUCUAACGUGGCAAUGGAGGAUGGCAGACAUCAAGGCUGUAUAUCUCAAGAGUGUCUCAGUGUUAGGAUCAACCAGCUCAGUGAUAUGUUUGUGGAAACCCAUGCUCUUGACAAAGCAAAAGAACUUCUGAAAAGACACAACCACGUGGCCAUCUGCGGAGCCCCUGGAGACGGGAAAACUAGUGCUGCUCUCAGGAUCUGUGAAGCGUAUAUGAAGAAAAAGUAUCAAGUAUUGUUUGUUGAAAGUAUUGAAGAGUUUGACAGUGAUGUCGUCAUUAAGCGAAAGUGUGACAUGCUGGUUGUGUUUGACGAUGUCUUUGGCUCUGUUGCAUUUCCAAGCAGCUUGGAGAAGAUACACAAAAUGUUCAAUGCCUUGGUUGAUGUUUUACUGCGCUUUACAAGAGACAAGGAACUGAAAGCCAAGGAAAAACAACCCCAGAAGAAAAUUAACGAAAGAAGGAAGAAGGAAGAUGAGAAGCAAUGUGAAGAUGAAAAGACACCAGUGUGUAACUACAAGCUUCGCUUUAUAUUCACAUCCAGAAGCUACAACUGGAAUGAAGGAUGUGCACGACUGCAUCAGUUCAAAGUAAAUCUGUUUAAGCCGGAAACCAUUGUUGAUAUGGUCAAGACUUGUUUAACCACAGAAGAAAAGAAACAUAUUCUGACAUUGUUCAGGAAAUGCCAAAUGUGCGAUAUCUCCAAUAAGGACAUGAAAACCAUUACUCAGUUGCAAGACAGCAGGUUUGGCUUUCCUCUGAUCUGUAAACUGUAUUGUACCAACCCAGCCUUCCAGAUGCACAACAUAAUUGACUUCUUUCAGAACCCUGUGACCUACCUGAGAGGUGACCUUGACACCAUUGUCCGUGAAGGCAGCAGCAAGUCGGCAGCUCUAGUUCUCCUCGUCCUGUGUGGAGGGAAAUUGAACCUUGCCUCUUUUAAGGGGAAGGAGAAGAAUCUCACUGAUCUGUUUCAGGCUGUAAAGGAGGAUGUCGUGUCUUGCACUCGGACAGACAUUGGCAGGGAGAUCAGCAACUUUACUGGCACCUACUGUACGGUGGAGAAUCAUGUAGCCUCCUUCUCUCAUCCAUCCAUCUACGAUGCUGCAGCAUGUGCCUUGGGGAAUCUCAAUGAAGAUUUGUUACUGGAACAUUGUUCCCUGCAGUUUUUAUAUGAAAGAGUGAGGCUGAACAAGGAUGAUCACCAGCAGACAACCCACACUGAUGAUGUCACAAACAUGAUCUACAUCACCUCAAGUCUCCACCCGUUAGUGAUCAGCAGAUUGGUGGAGGGUGUCCGAGAAGGAUGCUUCAGAUGGACAGUAGGCCACCCUGUAUUCAGAAGUGCUCAAAUAUUCUCCGACUUCUUGACACAGAUGACGGCAGACUUGCAAGAUGUUGUUCACAGGAAGGAUAAGAGCUCAGGUGAAUGUUUUCUGUAUUGGGUUUCACUGUCAACUAACCAUUCACUGUUUGAACGCUCAGUGUCACUGAUGAGUAGCGAGAGAAGCCUUUCACAUUCUGUACUCGCUGACUUCUAUGAGAGUAUCAUAGGCUGUACACAACAUGGCAAUGUCAGGCAUCUUAAACAUAUUGCUGCUGUACUCAAACAACAUGGGGAAUACGAUGUAGACAAUAGGACAAAUGGAGUGAGGACUCCGCUGAUGAUUGCUGCGGAGGCAGGACAGUUGGGUGUGUUCAACUUCCUCCUCCAAGAGGGAGCUGAUGUUUCAGCAACAGACACAUAUCGUUACAACUGUCUUCAUCUUUCAUGUAAAUCAGGAAGCAAAGAUAUUGUAAAUGUUAUUAUUAAACAGUUUCAAUAUCUGAUCAAUCACCGCGAUUGUAUAGGGAACACACCUGUUAUAGUGUGUGCUACGUCAGGGCAGGUUGAAAUCCUCAAGUGUCUUGUUUCACACAAAGCAGAUCUUACUCUCAGGAAUGUUUUCAGGAAUGUGAACGCUUUCCACAUAGCAUGUAUCAACGACCAUGUAUCGGUUGUAGAGUAUCUGCUGACAUGUGAACACAUAACCAUAGACAUGCGAGGAGGAUGGGAGGAUCAAACAGCAGUCAUGAUGGCAGCUGAAAAAGGACACUGUGAUGUUUAUAAUCUUCUUGUGUUGGAGGGAGCUGAUCUGUCACUUAUUGAUAGAAACAACAUGGACUGCCUGAUGUUGGCAUGUAAGGGAGGUAAUUCGACUAUGGUGAAACACUUCCUGUCCUUGAAAACAUUUGACAUCAACAGACGACGGGGGUCAGGGAAACAAACAGCAGUUAUGUUGGCAGCUGAAAGAGGACACUCUGAUGUUUUUAAUCUUCUUGUGUUGGAGGGAGCUGAUCUGUCACUUACUGAUGAAGAAAACAGGAACUGCCUGAUGUUGGCAUGUGAGGGAGGUAACGUGUCUAUGGUGAAACACCUCCUGUCCUUGAAAACAUUUGACUUCAACAGACGAAGGUGGUGGUCUAAACAAACAGCAGUUAUGAUGGCAGCUGAAAGAGGACACUUUGAAAUUUAUGAUCUUCUGGUGUUGGAGGGAGCUGAUCUGUCACUAACUGAUGUAUACAACAGGGACUGCCUGAUGUUUGCAUGUGAUGGAGGUAACGUCUCUAUAGUGAAACACCUCCUGUCCUUGAAAAAAAUUGACAUCAACAGACGAGGGGGGUCACAGAAACAAACAGCAGUUAUGAUGGCAGCUGAAAGAGGACACUGUGAUGUUUAUAAUCUUCUGGUGUUGGAGGGAGCUGAUCUGUCACUAACUGAUGUAUACAACAGGGAUUGCCUGAUGUUGGCAUGUAAUGGAGGUAACGUGUCUAUAGUGAAACACCUCCUGUCCUUGAAAACAUUUGACAUCAACAGACGAGGGGGGUGGUCCAAACAAACAGCAGUUAUGAUGGCAGCUGAAGGAAGACACUAUGAAGUUUAUUAUCUUCUUGUGUUGGAGGGAGCUGAUCUGUCACUAACUGAUGUAAACAACAGGGACUGCCUGAUGUUGGCAUGUCAUGGAGGUAACGUGUCUAUAGUGAAAUACCUCUUGUCCUUGAAAUCAUUUGACAUCAACAGACGAGUGGGGUGGUCUAAACAAACAGCAGUUAUGAUGGCAGCUGAAAGAGGACACUCUGCAGUUUAUGAUCUUCUUGUGUUGAAGGAGGCUGAUCUGUCACUAACUGAUGUAAACAACAGGGACUGCCUGAUGUUGGCAUGUGAGGGAGGUAACGUGUCUACAGUGAAACACCUCCUGUCCUUGAAAACAUUUGACAUCAACAGACGAGGGGGGUCACGGAAACGGAAACUAACAGCACUUAUGAUGGCAGUUGAAAGAAGUCACUAUGAUGUUUAUAAUCUUCUUGUGUUGGAGGGAGCUGAUCUGUCACUAACUGAUGAAGAAAACAGGGACUGCCUGAUGUUGGCAUGUGAGGGAGGUAACGUCUCUAUAGUGAAACACCUCCUGUCCUUGAAAACAUUUGAUAUCAACAGACGAGGGGGGUCACAGAAACAAACAACAGUUAUGAUGGCAGCUGAAAGAGGACACUCUGAUGUUUAUAAUCUUCUUGUGUUGGAGGGAGCUGAUCUGUCACUUAUUGAUAGAAACAACAUGGACUGCCUGAUGUUGGCAUGUAAGGGAGGUAAUUCGACUAUGGUGAAACACUUCCUGUCCUUGAAAACAUUUGACAUCAACAGACGAGGGGAUUGGUCUAAACAAACAGCAGUUAUGAUGGCAGCUGAAAGAGGACACUCUGAUGUUUAUGAUCUUCUUGUGUUGGAGGGAGCUGAUCUGUCACUUACUGAUGAUGAGAACAACGACUGCCUGAUGUUGGCAUGUAAGGGAGGUAAUUCGACUUUGGUGAAACACCUCCUGUCCUUGAAAACAUUUGACAUCAACAGACGAGAGGAGUGGCGGCAACACACAGCAGUUAUGAUGGCAGCUGAAAGAGGAGACAGUAAUCUUUAUGAUCUUCUUGUUUUGGAGGGAGCUGAUCUGUAACUAACUGAUGAAAACAACAUGGACUGCCUGAUGUUGGCAUGUGAGGGAGGUAACGUGUCUAUAGUGAAACACCUCCUGUCCUUGAAAACAUUUGACAUCAACAAACGAGGAGGGAGGUGGAAUAAAACAGCAGUUAUGAUGGCAGCUGAAGGAGGACAUAAUGAUGUUUAUGAUCUUCUUAUGUUUGAGGCAGCUGAACUGUCAGCUGAUGAGGAAAACACGGACUGCCUGAUGUUGGGAAUUCUUGGAGCUGCCGAGUCAAAAUUCAAACACAUCCUGUCCUUGUAAACAUUUGACAUCAACAGACGAGGGGGGUCACGGGUACAAACAGCAGUUAUGAUAGCAGCUGAAAGAGGACACUCUGAUGUUUAUAAUCUUCUUGUGUUGGAGGGAGCUGAUAUGUCACUAACAGGCAUGUGAGGAAGGUAAUGUGUCUAUAGUGAAACACCUCCUGUCCUUGAAAACAUUUGACAUCACCAGACGAGGGGGGUGGUCUAAACAAACAGCAGUUAUAACUGCAACUGAAAGAAGACACUCUGAUGUUUAUGAUCUGCUUGUGUUGGAGGG